AUGUGCCAGCCUGAACCCGAACGUAAGUCGUCCCUGGUGCUCCUUCGCGAGCCGCGGAAGCGCCUUGGGGGGCCGAGCUUCCGGCGUGCCCCAAGCAGACCGCAACGGCCUCCGUUACGAGGCCCGAGCCCCAAUGAGGAUGCGGCUCCGAACAGAUCCGACCACGGCGCAGAGAGUCAUCGGAGGACUCCGGUCGCCGCAGCUCCGAGCCGCUGCAGAGGGACGGAGGUAGAGCCCGUUGUGCCACUGCACAGCUCCAGAGAGCCCGCAGCUCUGCCCGCGUCCACGGUUCCAGAUCGCGAGGAGACUGUGCAACGCACGAAAUCGGCCCAAAGCAUUCCUGCAGGCUCCGCCUCUCUGGUGGAGCUGAUCGACCGUGGCACCUAUGGCAUGGGGCCUGCUGGCCGUCGGGCCAGCCUCAGCCGCCAGAGCCUUCGUGCCAAGAGCGCCUGGCCCGAGGGAAGAGAGCGAAGGACGGAGGAGUCGGAUCCCUGGGCUGCGUACUUCAACCCCGAGCUCCGAACAAGCAAGGAGGAGGCCCUGCCGGUCUGGGGCAAGCUGCCCUUAAGGCUCAAGCGCGAGCGAAGUCAGAGGCCAGUGAAGGAGGGCGCGGCGGAGCUCACCACGGGGCAUAUCCCCGUCCUGCGGGAUGAAUCCAUCAACUGCCUUCUCGGGGGCCCCGAUGGAAGAGAUGGCUUCUAUGCCGAUGGCACCUUCGGCCGUGGUGGGCACUCCACGGAGAUUUUACGUCGGUUGUCCGGAACGGGGCGGCUUUGGUCCUUCGACGUGGACCCGAAUGCGAUUGCCGUGGGCCGGAAGCUCGAAGAGCUCGACGAGCGCUUUUCGAUGAUCCAUCGGCCCUUUGCGGAUGUCCAUAAAAGCCUCCCUGAUGGGCUAGAGCUGUCUGGGAUGCUUCUAGACAUUGGCUUCUCUUCGCCUCAGGUUGACGAUGGGGGCCGUGGCUGGAGCUGCUACCAGGAUGGCCCACUGGACCUUCGCAUGAAUUUCAAGGCAGGGAUACCUGCCUGGAAGUGGCUGCAAACGGCGACCCCUGCAGAGUUGGCAUGGGUGGUCUACGAAAACGGCGAGGAUGACGAUCCGAUCCUUUGCCACCGGAUAGCUGAGGCGGCGCUCGAGCGACAGCGGCGUUGCGGGCCCUACACCUCCACGCUCGAGCUCUCCACCUGCAUACAGGAAGUGAAGCGUGGCUUGGACGACCGUCGCCAGCAUCCUGCGAAGCUGGCCUUUCAGGGCAUCCGCAACUUCAUCAAUCAGGAGAUGCAGCAGCUGGCGGAUGCCAUGGCUGCCCAGUUCCAGCGACUGAAGUACGGCGGCCGGGCCGUUGUGAUCACCUUCAAGCCACGGGAGGAGCAGGUCUUGGAGAACUGGCUCAGGCACAACGAGGACGGCUGGGCCAGCCCGCUGGCGUCGCAGGUGUCACCCGACCGCCUGGGUGAGCUCUUUCCUCUGCUCUCCAGCGUGCAGCCCUAUGCGGCGCGACGGCUGAUGGCGCCGAUCCGGCCCUCCGCGGAGGAA